CAUGAAAUUGACAGAUGUUAUCCAGGAUUUGUGUGCCCCAUAUGUCGAGGCUCUGCAGAUCUCGAUGCACCAAUUGAAAAUGUCCCUGGUUGGGAAUUGCUGGCCGAACAAGAAGAGGCGGCGAAAAAGGAUGCUGAAGAAUCCACGAGUACUAAGAGAGAACAAACCAUAAAACAAACGACCAGAAACGAAAAUCAAAGUACGCGCCCACAGAAGUCAUCACAAAACAACACUUCUCAAUUAAUCGAAGAUCAACCUAGUUCAAUUGGUGGUCGUUCACCUACCGUAGCACCUAAUUCUCUUGCAAUGUCAAUACCAGGAAAUAAAAAGACACAAAGCCUACCUGAAGAAGAAGGAGAUGAUCCAAACAUAAUGCUUGGAAAAACAUUAUCAUCAAGUACGCCAUUGAUUCCUGGAAUGAGUUUAAUUGACGAGGGAAUUGACAGUGGUCUAUCAUCACCCACAAAUCAACACCAUCACUUACUUCGAGAGCAAGAUGAAUCAUCGAGGCUGGGAGAAAUCACCGAAGAAGAUGAGUGCUCGAUGAGUUCAUCAUCAUUGAAUCCAUCGGGUCAAAAUCAAAUUCAUCAGACAUCCUCCUUCCAAGAACCGAGUUUGUCUUCAGCGAGUGCAAGUGACGAUGAUGAUCCAAUUUUAUUAAGACUUCGACAGUUAAACAUAGGGUCCGGGGACGAAAUCUCAAAUGGGCAAUCGGAUGAUUCAAGGGCAAAAGGAAAAGGGGUUGACAGAUUUGGCACGAGUCACAAAGGCGAGGACAUUUUAUGA